AUGCCUUUAGUGUCUGCUCGUCGAAGAUCGUCAAAUCGAUGGCGAUCGAGUGAAGAAUGUGAACGUCAUUGUAGAACAAGUAGUAAUGAUGAAUACUGCAAAUUAAAGUGUAGCCGUGACAUGAAAUUGUUGCGCAAUCACAUUCCCACAGCAUCUGAGUCAAGUGAUGUGAAUCCAAGCACACCAAAUUCAAAUCUUGUUGUGCAGUCAAAUGCCGAUGAGUUUUUGGACACAGAAGAGUCAGUUCAUGGACUUUAUUUCAGUGAUCCAAUGAAUAAUGCGACCAGCGAUCAUGGCAAAACCAAAGAAUCUUCGAAUCUUAUUAGCAACACCAAUGAGAAAAUAAUUGUAAGCGAUAAUGAGAAUAAGGUGAAGGCUAAAAUGAUUGACGAUGUAACAUCAACGACUGACAUGUCAACAAUAAAAGUCAGUCGCCGGAAUAAAUACACAAGAACAAGCCUGUCACCAGCUGAAGCUCGUUCAACAGUUUAUCGAGGCCGAAUAAAGUUUUCACCAAGCCACUUAAAAUCUUUAGAAGAAAACGACGCUGAUCCAUAUUUGUAUAUUGGUCAAAAGCUUGCAGUGUCAACAGGACGUGUCCCUGAUCUAAGACGACAAUCAAAUGGACGUCGUACGUUAAUAUAUCAAAGUACGACACCAUCAAGAUCGAAAGAGGAGGAGCUUGAAAUAAUGGAAGUGUCAGUCGCAAAACAGUCAUCAACAGAAAAAAAUAAAUUUUGGAAGUCAAGAAACAUUGUGGCCAUUAACAACUACAUGCGAAGGCUGAACAAUCCACAUAUGAGCUCCAUAGGCACUAAAGCACCAUCGAGGGUUGAUGAUUCUUUAAAGUUAACGACAAUUCGUUAUGAAACCAUUAAUAGGCCAUCAACAAAAGCUACAACAUCAAUAUCAGCGAUUAACAAUCUUGCUGAGGGCGUUGAAGAUGUGAAAAAUGUCGUGUCGCGAAGCACUUCAAAUCCAAGUCAAACAGAAACACCGAUUAAGAGUGUCGUAGUGAAUCCAAUUUCUGAAUUUAAAACAAUUUAUCACCCAACUGGUGGUUUAAUAAUUAAUGUGCCUGAUGAUGCAACGCCAGUAUUUUUCAAUGAUCACCGAAAUUAUCAGCAAUCUGAUGGUGAAAUUGAGAGCGUACCAACUGACACAACAGAAAUAUCUGAAACAACAACUCUGACGUCAAUUGAUUCAACUGAUUCGUCGGUCAUUCCUGACAUUAAUCGACUUUUUGAAAAUAUCACAACAAUCAGCAGUGUGGUUACAACUCAAAGUACAACACAAGAAACGCUUCAGAGCACAAUUUCGUCGAGCACGACCACGAGUGUUGUUAAAUCGACUGAAUCAACAACAGAACCAUUAGCGCCAGUGAAAACUACCAAACGCGUUUAUACCACGAUUCCACGAAGGAAAUCUUCAACGACGAUCUUUCCUGAUUACAAUAAGACUACGAUUUCGACUUUCUUGAGCAACAUUUCAUCACGUCGAAAUAAAAUUAAUGUAACAUCAUCAACAACUUCUUCACCACCAUCAACAACGACGACCUCAACAUCAACAGUUACAGAAAGAAAUGAAGUUUCAUCAACAGCAACUUAUAGUUUUGUUCCAAAGAAUGUUAACACACCAGCACCUGUUGACUUUGAAAUUGUAGCACCACCAUCAGUUACACCAGAUUCAGUCACGUCUUCGACUAUUAAAACGAAUGUUUUUUAUCAGGGAAUCUCAACAACCAAUAAGCCAAUUAAUAAUGAAGUUCAAAUCGAAAUGCAUAACAUGAAUACAGCGACAUUUGUGAUGGCUGGUUUGGGAUUGUUACCAGUAAUUGUCAUACUCGUUUACGUUGUUCGACAAUAUUUAUUUAGAAAUGAACAGAAAGAUGGCGAUUUAGAAAAUUACGGUAAUGACAUUCAACCGAUAAGUCCGGUUGUGAAACUCGAUCAAUCUGAAGAUAGUGGCAGCAUUGAAGGAGAAGAAUCGAUAAUCGUUGAAACAGAUUUCAAUCGAAAUAAUUUAAGGUUUAAAAGUUUAUUAGGAGAAGGGAACUUCGGACAAGUUUGGAAGGCAGAAGCUGACAAUUUAGCGGGUUAUAUAGGAACAACGAGAAUUGUAGCUGUUAAAACUGAACGCGUAAAUAAUGGUCAAGGAGGCUUAAAAGCUGAGUGCGAAAUUAUGCGUAAACUAGGCUCACAUUCCAAUGUUGUAACGUUGUUGGGUGCAUGCGUGGAACAAGAACCACAUAUGCUGAUCAUGGAGUAUGCAAUGCGAGGUAGACUUUUAUCGUUACUACGAGCUGCUCGCGGUGUUUUAAACGGUAUCAAUAGCCAUCCGCCAUCCCGGCAACCUGUAAUGCCGCUUUCACCAAGACGUUUGACGGGUUUUGCGCAUGAUAUCGCUCGUGGAAUGGAGUACAUAGCUGAAAAGAAGAUUGUUCAUAGAGAUUUAGCAGCGCGUAAUGUCUUACUUGAUCACAAUGGAAUCUGUAAAAUCUGUGAUUUCGGAAUGUCAAUUGACUUGGAUAAAAUCAAAGCAUCGCAAGGAUACAUGAAGAUUCCACGAGUCUCAACAUGCCAUACAAAGUUUAAGUUUGACAUGACUGCGCGGGUUUUCGGUGGAUUAAAAAAUUACGCAACUUCAAAGGUGCGCAACAAUAACAACUGUGAUAACAACAAAAAUCGUCCAGCAUUACCAAUUCGGUGGAUGGCACCAGAAGCAUUGCAAUAUCAUAUUUAUUCAGUUGAAACUGAUGUGUUUGCAUUUGGAAUAGUUCUUUGGGAACUUGCAACAUUAGGAAUAACACCUUAUCCAACAUUAUCAGGUCGAGAGGUACUUCGAGGCGUUCCUAGCGGUGUGCGACCUGAGAUUCCUUCAAGUUGUCGACAAGAGCUUUCGGAAACAAUGAAAGAAUGUUGGAAUAAAGAGCCAAGUCAACGUCCAUCAUUCACUGACGUCCGAAAAUCAUUAUCACGAGCUCUGGUUCAAUGGCAAGAAGAUAUUCCAGCAAAUCAUUCUGAAUACAUUGAUGUGAGUGGAUUCAGCGAAGAUUAUGAAAACGGAAUGAUUUAUUUCAAUCGGAGAGUAUCCGAGUUUGAGUGUGAAAUAUGACUACAAAAUUAGACCUGAAUUAAUUAUUUAGUAGAAGAAUGUUUCCUUCUUUUCAUCUGUCUUUGAAAGCCAAAGGAUUAACUUAUCAGUAUUCCAAUUUUUCUCAUUUCAAUUGUAUGUGAUUUUGAGGUGAAACAAAAUUUUGUCAAACAUGUUGUGAUGGAUUUAUCAUGCAUUUCCCAAAUAUAAUCAUCUGACACAUAUUGAGCCUUACCUUAAGUAAUCGAAUUCUCAUGAGAAAUAUUUUUAUAAACUUCCGCUUGAAUAUUCCUAAAAUUAUGUAUUUGAAAUUUUGCCCUCUAGUCUACACAUUUAACCAUCAAUAAAACAUCGUAAAUUAAUUUGGUCUUGGUUGAACAAAGGAAAACUAUUUUUUUUUUCUCUUGUUAAAUCUUUUAUGUAAAAUGUAUAGUUAAUAAUAUUUUUUUUUAUUUAGGUUUUAAUAAAUAAAAAUUGUUAUUGAAAAUUCAUAAAAAGU